AUGAAGUCUUGUUUGGUUCAGCUCCUAGGUCAGGCUGCUACUUUCCUCAACAACUCCAACUCCAGUCAGAUACAAUGGUUGACUAUGGUUAACUUCUCUCUCUCAAGCCUUAACCAAAAUCCAUGCACAGGUGUUUUCUUCCAUUCCAGGUCCAGAGUCCAAUACAGGCACCCACAAGUUGCUUCCUGGUGAUUGGGUUCUGGUAAAGAAAUUCCUGAGGAAACACACUCUUGAGCCAAGAUUUGAUGGCCCUUUCCAAGUCCUCCUAACCACAUCCACCACAGUAAAAUUGGCCGGGUAGAACACUUAGAUACAUGCCUCUCACUGCAAGAAAGUUCCAGCUCCAGAGGAAGCAAACUUUGUUGAGUCAUGAGCUUCCUGUACCUUUUCCUGCUGCUAGGCCUGAUAAAGGCCCAACAAGUUGCUAUUACUAAAGAGAAUCAUAUUUACACAUUUUGGUAUAAUUCUUACAACACACAUGUAGCCACAUUUACAUUUGAUUACUGUGAUAUUGUCUCUUGUGUAUUUCCACAAUCAUUACAAUCAACAAUAUACAAAGACAUUCCUAAAAAAAUGGACCCAUACAUUUGUGUGACAGGUGACCAUUGGGGACAUGACUGUAGUUCUUGGAAGGCGGCGGGUUGGAACACAGGCCGACCAUGGCGCUACAGACCACAGAGUGCCCUAAGUAGGGUGGACAGAAAUUGGAAAACCUUAUUGCACAGAAUGACUUUACAUAAACCAACAGGGUCGACUUCAAUGAAGCUUACUUUAAAUAUAGAACACCCUAGUCGUGGAGAUGCUGGUGAGUACGUGAUGGGAAUGUACUGGAAAAGGGGUGGUUCAUACAAUAAAUUGUGGACUUUCUAUUUAUAAGACAUGUACCAAUCACAUGAGUGGGUAGGUUCCACACAUGACUGUUAACCCUCUCAAAGCACACAUUAAGACUCUCGAAGAGAUGGUGGCCAUAGCUAACCCCACCUUCAAAGACACUAUGGCAGUAGAGAUUGACAUUUCAGAUACUAACCUAUGGCUUGAAUGGAUGAGAUAUAAUGCUAACUCACUCAAUAAAACUAACUGUUAUGUUUGUGGAGGGGUCAGACCCCAUCUGGGUACAGUUCCUCUACAUUUACCCCAUGACGUUGAAACAUGUUUCAUAAGUCUUUAUGUACAGUCAAAAAACUAUUCAUCAGCAUGUGAGUCAUGAAAAAAAGAAUAUCCACUAACCCAAAAGGAUAUCAAGCCACCUGAUGGAGUCACAGUAUAUCCAGGUAAUUACACUUGCUAUACUAUGCACAGUGACACAGGUAUGGGGAAAUUCCCUCCUGGGUAUUGUGCUACUUACAGAGAACCCCCGGUUGCCCUGCUAGUAAACCAAGCUAGAUCCCUGGGAGACAUUUAUUGGCUAUGUGGUGACUUACAACUUAGAUCCAGAAUGGAAGGCCUAUGAUGGGGAGAAUGCACCCUAACUAAAGUUAUCAUGCCCAUACAUAUAAUAUCAGACAACCACCAAGGCCCUCUUGAUUCACCACACACAUAUUUCAGAGUAAAAAGAGACACUCCUGUAAAGGGCAGUUUCAACCCUCACAUAUAUAUAGAUGCCAUAGGAGUGCCAAGGGGGGUGCCAAACGAAUUUAAAGACAGAAAUGAAGUUGCGGCAGGAUUAGAAUCCAUGAUCCUGCUCAUCACUGCUAAUAAGAAUGUAAAUUGGAUCAAUUAUAUCUAUUACAACCAGCAACACUUUGUCAAUUACACCCUCCAGGACCUGGCAGAGCAAUUACAGUCUACCUCUCAAUUGACCUUUCAGAAUAGAAUGGCCCUAGACAUGAUUCUGGCAGAGAAAGGAGGAGUGUGUAAAAUACUCUCAGACACCAUGACAUGCUGUACUUUUAUCCCAGAUAACACAGGCCCCAAUGGGAAGGUAACCAUGGCAAUAGAGAAGCUUGAAAGUCUCUCAGAAGAGUUAAAGAGGAACUUAGGAGUCACUAAUUCAUGGGAUAGAUGGUUUGGAUGGUUGAACGGCUGGCAGAAAGUGCUUGUUCAAGUAGGUAUAGCUGUCUUGACCGUGAUGCUCCUCUUUGUUAUCCUUAUUUUUUGUGUACUACCAUGUGUUCAGAAAUACCUACAAAAGACAGUUGACCAAACCAUUGACCGCACCACUCCGACUUUCCUUGACCAGGAGAUUGAUGACGAAGACUGUGAUACACCUCAUACACGUUUACAGUCCCACCACACUAAAAUGCAACUACUUCCCUCUAGGGACAUUUAGGGAUAGCGUCUGUCUUCACAGGCAAAGUCUGUUGCAGGGGAGGUUGUGGACAAGCCAUUACUUGUCCUAUGCGCAGCACCCAGAAGAGUUCGAGAGGUCUGUGGGACAGAUGUGCGGCAGCCUAUUAGGGACAGUAUUAGGGUUAGAUAUAGUAGUUGUUUUAAGUAGUAAAUAGUAAUUUUAAGGGGGGACUGUUAUGGACAUAAUAUUAGCUUAAUAAAAUGACUAUUUACUCUGCAUAACAAUAACCAGCAUUAUUCAAUAUUUACUCAAAAUGGCCACUAGAGGUUACCCCUCCCGUCGACUAACCACCUCAUGUACCAAGAUGGCGCUGGAAUCUGGAGGAGCAUUUCAUGAUAACAGUGACAUCACACCCUGUAGGAUGUACAAUAGAUGAACCACUUAACACCUAACCAAUUAUUGAUGUUUUUUCCUUUGUUAUCUAAUAUUAUGCAUAUGAUGUAUUCUUUCUUUAUAAGGGGCAUGCUGGCCCCCCGAUUAAACAUUCCUCAAGUUCUUCAUCAACCUGAAACUUGUGUCUGGUGUGAAUUACUUCAGGAGCGUGCACGCAUAUACUUAAUAAUUUGGACAGGGACAGAUUUUCAAAUAAUCAAACAUUUGAUUUGAUCCACAACAUUUCCUCCCAGUUUAAGGUUGUCAGAUGAGUAAACCAUUAAAGAUAAAUGGUACAAUCUGGAAUGAGAUUUUUUUUUUUACGGUUUGUUUUAUCUGCAUAAAAGCCCACUGGAAAUCACUAAAUAAAUCACUGGAAAUCUGCAGUUGCAGUAUCCGUUAUGCCUCUAAAUUACUAUUGCAAUGCAGUACAUGAAUUGGGAAGUGAAAAAAGGUAUUGCUUCACUUUAAGUACAUUUUUGUUUUACAUACAUGCUCUGGUCCCAUUGUGUACUGGGAAAUGGGGGUAGGUUCAGGAAUACAUGUUUGUGUUACUGACCCUAAAGUGUUCCUUUAAUUACUUUUUUAUAAAGUGAAAUAUAGAUGGGGGUUGAAGAGGCGAUCUAGUGUGACCACAUUGCAAUGGCUGAAUGGGAAGCCCUCCAAAAAGGGACUAUGCAAGGGCAAGACUAUCAUAUGUGCAAAUCCGUAUAACAUUGCCAACAAGCUUAAAAUUGGUUUCCUGUAUUUAGCUCUAAUUGUGCUCCAAUGAGCAAGGGCAAAAACGUUUGACUUCUGUUUUUCAAAUAGAGCUCUACCCAGCUCCACUUUCCGACAAGAAACACAUUUAGGUGGAGGUCUGAAGGUAGAGGUGAGUAACAUGUUAUAUAAAAGAGGUAUACCUUUUACCAGGUGGUCCUCAUUCAUACAGUGCAACUCCAGCUCUGACUCCUAUUUAUGUAAUAGUGAAUAAGGGGUCAACAUCCUGUAGUAGUUUUUAAUUGGGUAAAAUUUUAACUGUUGUAGGGUAGUGGGAGCAGGACAGGUAGUUGGUGAAACCCAGCAGGCAGGCCUACAUCUUUCUCACACAUUGCCCUCUUCCAAGAAAGCUUAAUGAUAAACUAAAACAAUUCAAUGUGAUAUAAAACUAAAUGCCAAAUCACUUUUGUAUUUUCCAUGUAUGCACGCUACUGGAGAAUUGCCACAUAAAUAUGUUAGUGAUUGUUAUAAAUGAGCCAGUUCGUGAAAACAAACCCACUAUAUAAAUAUAUCAAGAAACUUUUGUAAUUAUAAAGUGUUCCACAAGGACACAUGCACAGAGAUUCUGCUUUCUUUCUGUAUCUGUGCUGUGUUGGGGCAAUUUGAUGCAGUCUGAUAUUGCAGUCUAGUAAUGCAGAAUGUCAGUAGUAAAACAGUACUGCAGUACUGAGACCUAGAACUACCCCCCUCCAUCCCAGCACAAGCUCUGCAGGAGAAGAAGGGGGAGUGGGGCUCUGUAUUUUGGUGCAUUCUAUAUACUGCAUCUAGAGAAGAGUUUAGGUCUACAGGACAGUCCUGGAAACCUGAGCUAAAUGCUGACAGGAGAGAGAAGGUAAUUAUGCUGGUUUAACUUCCCUUUUAAUUCACAUAAAUACUUUUCUCAUAUUCUCUUUUUCACAGCCUGUCUUUCCAGUUCCAGUUUCUCUGAUUGCCCCACUUUUUAUCCAUUCUUUUUCAAUAACCGCAGGGAUCUGAUCACUAAACCAGGGAUGCAUCCCCAUGUGUUUUAAAACUACAGCUUCCAUGAUGCUUUGUCAUUUUAAGUUGUCAUUUUAAGGGCAUUUUAAAGGCAUGCAAAGCAUUAUGGGAGUUGUAGUUCUAUAACAUCUGGGGAGCUAUGUUUUGGAAACCUCUGCAAUAAACUGUCUGAGUUGGAGCUAUUUUGCAACUCUGUUAUUUUGUGCUAAAUAUUGCAAGCUGGUUGUAAACUCACUAGAACUGUUUAAUUAAGUCCCUUAAUUAUUUAAAGCUGCCCUGUAGUCUGAUCUGUCACCCACUCCCAUUGUUUAAUACUCUCAAGUCUUAUGACACAUUUGUAUGGUUAUUAACUCUUUUUGUUUUGAUAUCUUAUUCAUUGUUUAUCUCUCCUGCACAUUGUUAUUGUGUUACAAUUGUCUCCCACAGUAAUUGUUUAAUACUCACAAACAGUCUUUCAUUUUUCAGUGCUCAUUCAUUCCUAUCUCCCUUAUUUUUCAAAGCUUUUCUACGGCCUCUUAUUAACUGGCAUUGUUUAAUUCUGUCUAUUUCUCAUUUUCACUCAUUGUUCAGUGCUCCUCAUUAAUCUCUUGGAAUAUGUCAUUGUUCAAUAUUUUAUUCAGUAUCACCUUUCCUCUCAUUGCUUACUGCUCCCUCACUCAUGUGUUAAAGGGAUACUAUCAGCACCAAAACCACUGUAUGUUAAUAUAGUGGUAGUGGUGUCUAGCUGCGGCCUCUUUACUUGGAGAAUGUAAAACUGAGAAAAGGCAAUGUUUACAUUUGAUUGAAAGUUCAUCACUAGUAGCUGUCAGACAGACUUCCAAUUUUUUUCCAAUAGACUCUACCUUCGACACUCCAGAUGUUGUGGACUACAUCCCCCAUAAUGCUGUUACACACAUAAUUCUGGCAAAGCAUCAUGGGAGGUGUAGUCCAAAACAUCUGCCGUGCCGAAGGUUGCCUAUGCCUCACAUAGAGCAUUAUGCCACUGAACUCUGCUUACGCCUGUUUUAGAGAAGCAAUGGAUUAAUUGCUUCUCUAUGAGAAGCAUUGGAUUGGCCAAGCGCAGCAUUUGUCAUGCAUGCACCAUAGAUCUGCAAUGCAUCUCUAUGAGAAGUAUUGAACUGGACCAGAAAUAAUAAUCUCUCCAUGGACAGAAAAUGCAGAAAAUAGAUUGUCUUUGUGUUGGAUUACAGGUAAUCUUAUUACUUUUUAAAAAAGUGGGGCUCAAUAAUUUAGAAGAAACCUUCUAACAUUAAAGAUAAAGUUUUUUUUUUAAUAGUGUAUUCAUUUUUAUUUAUUUUAUAUAAGGUUGUAACAUAUUCGACACCUAUGUAAAUCAAUUGUAAAUGCAACUGAAUUGCGUCAUGAUUGCAUAAAAAGUCAGGACACAGUUUGUAAGUUAGAGUGCUAAAAAAUUUAGGAAAUCUGUUUAUAAGAUGUAAAGUGUAAUACCUUGAUGUAGUACAACCAUAAUUUCUAUAGUUUAGAAAUAGUGUGAUAGUGGGUUAUCUUAAAGGACCACUCUAGGCACCCAGACCACUUCAGCUUAAUGAAGUGGUCUGGGUGCCAGGUUCCUCUAGGAUUAACCCUUUGUUUUAUAAACAUAGCAGUUUCAGAGAAACUGCUAUGUUUAUUUUAGGGUUAAUCCAGCCUCUAAAGCCUCUAGUGGCUGUCUCAUUGACAGCCGCUAGAGGCGCUUGCGUGAUUCUCACUGUGAAAAUCACAGUGAGAGCACGCAAGCGUCCAUAGGAAAGCAUUAUGAAUGCUUUCCUAUGAGACAGGCUGAAUGCGCGCGCAGCUCCUGCCGCGCAUGCGCAUUCAGCUAAGGAGGAGGAGAGGAACCGGAGAGGAGGAGGAGAACUCCCCGCCCGGCGCUGGAAAAAAAGGUAAGAUUUAACCCUUUCUUUGCCAUCCAGCCCGGCGGGAGUGGGACCCUGAGGGUGGGGGCACCCUCAGGGCACUAUAGUGCCAGGAAAACGAGUAUGUUUUCCUGGCACUAUAGUGGUCCUUUAAGAGCAACUGAAGGGCAAGGUUUGGAAAACAGAGAAGUCACCUUGAAAACCAAUGGAAUGUUCCUGCUGAAUGUUCUACUUUUAGAUCUUUAACCUAAAACUGUUCUUCAUUAUAUAACUGUAUAAAAAUAGCACAACCUUACACAUAAUUAUGUAUUAUGUGUCUAGUGAUAAAUAUAAAUAAAUAUGUAUGUAACCCCUUCUGCACCACGGGGGUGGGCUUUGACAGAGAGGGAAGCUACAGUGCCAGGAAAACGAGUUUGUUUUCCUGGCACUAUGGUUUCCAUUUAAGCCAGCAUCCCUGUGUGAAACUUUACACCCAAACGACAUCUAUGUAUACCUUUCACAGAGGUAGUCCUUUAUUUAAUCUUUUUGGUUAAGCCUUUCAAAUGAUUUAAUAUUUUUGGAUAAACUUCUACAAUUAUUUUUUCAAAAUGUUAAAAUAUCAAAAAAGUAUACAUAAAAAUAUAUCAAUAUAUUAAAAACAUUUAGAUAUUACAAAUUUAAAAUAUUUUUAAAAAUAUGAAAUCUGAUUGAAAAUUUUAUCCAACAAUAUUAAAUUGAGGCUUUACUGGCUGUGCUCAUUUGACCUCUGGUCUUUUCAUACGCUAAUCAACAAUUAGCAAUCAGGAGAUAUAUAUAAAAAAUAUAUAUAUAUAUAUAUUAACCCAGAGGUUGAUAAUCGAGCCUCCUAUUAUACAUAUUCAGAACAAUUAAAGUAUGCUCUACAAAAGAAGUCCAAACAUGACUAGUGUACCUUAAGCUGUAUACUUAAGCUGUUUGGGGGAACUGGGGAAGUCCUCUGUAAUAAGUCACAGAUGGCUUUUGUAAGAUGUCUCUGGAACAGAUAAUUGUGACAAAUGUAAAAAUUAUUCCUGUGUCAGGCACAGAUUGCCAAAAAGGUGAGAUGUGUGGUGUAAGCAACCUAAAGUUACUACAGUCCACCCUUCACCUCUCUCGGGGAUGGCUUGGAAACUUGAGAUAGAGUAGAGGGUAUAAAGUCCAUAGAAUGCAAAUGAGCCAUGUUUGCACUGUGACUAUUUUUGUUCAGAACAAAUAUUCAUUUUUUAAGUUCUGCCUUUGUCUGAUACAUAUUCAUUUUAUUUAAAGAAACCUGUUUAAUAGUAGAUAUUUUGCUUAAUUAUGUUUUGUGGCUUUUGUUUUUUUUUUUCAAAUCUGAUCUACUGGGUAAUCGAAAGUCCCCAUUUACAAAUUGGCUAGGUGGUGGCAGCUUUUGAUACAAGAGUUAGGUGUUAAGGGGGAUUCUAAUCAUUAUUUUAAUGUACAUUUUUAGUACAGACAAAUAGUGAUUUUUUUGAAGCCUUUCACCAUCAUAAACAAGUCACCAGCACGCUUGGAGUAGUGUGGUCCUUGACUGAAGACACAAGGUGGGGAAACAGGUAACUUGUCAAACUGGUCUUACACUGUUUGGCUACUUAUUAUGUGAGGGUACCACGGAACUACUGAUACCAUACCACUACAUCAGACUGCGUUCAGACAGCGUUCUUUUAGUAGGGUUAAUUAUUGCAACUGAGAAAAUAGUAAGAUAAGGGAUCAGUUGACUCUGUAGAUAUGUAAAAUAUGACAUGCAAGGGAAAGAAGUGGAUGUAGAGAAAAAUGUGUUACCAAAGUGACCAAUUGUGGAGCACUUUGCAUUCAUGGAUCAGAUUUUGAAUUGGUAUCCUUGAAAAGACAGGCAAUGUAUUAAAUCACUGCAAGUAGAAUAAUGGGGAAGGAAGCCUAGUCUGGCAGCAGCAUUUAUUAUGAAAUGACAGAAAAAAUGAAACAAAUGGAUGGCAAAUGGAACACAGUUGCAUUUAUAUAGAUAGAAGUUAAUGAGUGAAUUAUAUUUGGAAAUUAUUCAUUGGAUAAAAUGAUUGAAAUGAAGGAAGAAAUCAAUAAUAAGCAUGGUAUGUUGUGCAAGGAAAAUUAACUAAAAGUUCAGUGUUGGAGAGAUUGCAUUUUAAGUAUCAAGAAAUGCAUGUGUUUUAAGAUUUCAAAGUAUAUUGUGAGUUCAAGACUGAAAAUAGAUCAUGGAGGAAAAGUUAUUUUGUUAUUUUUAAACUGGUCCUAGAAUGAUACUUAGUUAUUCGGAUGCUGUUAAUUUGAAAGGAAAACGAGUCUGAGAAAUGUUACUUGAAGUAUAGGAAAAUAAUAUAAGACAUGGAGCUAGUAGUGGAAAUUAUCAGGAUUAUUCACUAAAGUGAGAAUUUUGGGGAAUUCACAGUUGAUUUCAACUUUAAAGCCAAAGUAGCCAAAUUGGAAGUAUAGCUUACUGGGAGAAUUUUCAUAUUUCAGCUAUUUUGCUCACUUAAAGUUGUUUAAAGGACCACUAUAGUCACCCAGACAACUUCAGCUCAAUGAAGUGGUCUGGGUGCCAGGUCCCCCAGGUUUUAACCGUUCAGAUGUAAACAUAGCAGUUUCAGGGAACCUUCUAUGUUUACAUUGCAGGUUUAAUCCAGCCUCUAGUGGCUGUCUUCCUGACAGCCGCUGGAGGCGCUUCCCCCGACGCUCAAUGCGAAAAUCACAUUUAGCACGCAGAACGUCCAUAGGAAAGCAUUGAGAAAUUCAGCUCCACUCGGGAGCUGACGUCAGAGGGGGAGGAGAGGUCACCAACACCAGUCUGGGGAGCCCGGCGCUGGAUAAAGGUAACUGGCUGAAGGGAAGCCCAGCAGGAGGGGGGCCCUGAGGUUGGUGAGUGGGGACACCUAAGGACAAUAUAGUGCCAGGAAAACAAAAUUGUGGACCUUUAAAAGUAGUCUCUUUUAAGAAGGAGUCCAAAACCAUUGAUAGAACUAUUGGAGAACUGCAAAAUUGAAUAUAGGCCAACUCUAAUAAGAAGAUGGUACAAGCAACACAUGAAAAAAACCUUGGUUGAAAGUUAAGCAAUGAUGAACAUAAUUGUGGAUUAGCUUUUCAAAAUUGCAGAUCCAAAAAUGAAUUUUCAAUAUACUACUCAAGUAAACUCGAGGAUGUAGCAGGAAACAGAUUGAAGAUGUUUGCAUGUAGACUGUAGAUUUAUGAGUAAUAUGUGAGGCUGGAGUGCAUUUAAGAAGUUUGUUGAGAUUUCAGAGAGAAUUAGUACAAAAAGGAAAAAUAUGCAUUUAAAGUGAUGAAAAUGUUCAGGUCAUAAAACGGGAGAUGAUGAGAGAAGUUUGGGAAGUCACCUGAAGCUCAGCUGAGAGUGAGAGCUAUAAAAACGAAUUGGUACUCCAAAAUUGUUUUUUAUUUAUUAUUUUCUAAACCUCUAUCAUUCUCUCAUUGCUUUUACCUUCUUUUAUUCUAUGAUCCGGUUUUUACAUUUAUCUCUUUCUUUCUUUCUUUCUUUCGUACUAACACUCAAUUUCCUACCCUUGUCUCUUUCCCUCUUUUUAGAUGUCUCACUCCUCUCUUUCCCGUGUUUUCUCCACCUUUGUUCUCAUCUCACUACUUCCUGCAGAUUGUGACAGGGGACAAAGAAAAAUUGUUCAUGUGCAUGGUGAGAAUUUGUUCUCUUUGCACCAGUCCCUCAUUUAUCCUAUCCAUUGCACUGCAGUCCUGUAGUGCUGCCUGACCAGCCUGUUCUCUCUAUAAUGUUAGGAUGGAGAUUGUGAUUUCUGGUAGGCUAAUUUUGACUAGAAGUAUCCCCGUAUUCUUGAUGUUCUUGCUAUUUCUCACUUGUUAACCGUAAUCUUACAUGUUUUCAUUUCUCUUCCACCCACCGUUCCCCAUUCUUUUCUCCUUCUCACUCUCUAUUUACACAGAGGAUGAGACUGGGGAUGUGAUUGUACAAACAGCCCCAGGUGUAGUGACCACACACCGGGGUGGCUCCAUAGUUCUUCCCUGCCGGUUCCACUAUGAGGAUAUUGGAGGAGACUCUGGUCCAAUGCGCAUCAAAUGGUCCAAGAUUAGUGAACCUGCAUCCUUCAGUGAUGUCCUUGUAGCCUUGGGUCAGGAAAGGAGAGGGUUUGGAUCAUACAAGAACCGAGCGGUUUUACAGGAAGAUGGACCUGGGGAUGCCUCCUUGGUUGUUCAUAAUGUUACUCUUGAUGACUAUGGUAGAUAUGAGUGUGAGGUGACCAAUGAGUUGGAAGAUGACACAGGAACUGUCAAACUAGACUUGAAAGGUAAUCAAACAUACAUGAUGUGAAAUUUAUUUUUUCAGUCAUUGCAAUGCUUCUUUUAUUGCUGUGGUUCUGUGUUGUGUAUUUUUCUUUCUCCUUGUUUCCCACUCUUAUAAUUUAGACACAGUUAUGUUUUUGUGAGAGUGUUGUUAUUCAUUUUCAUCAAUUUAGUGUACUUUGCCUUUCUCCAGGUGUGAUCUUUCCUUACCAUCCACGAUUAGGUAGGUAUAGUAUGAACUUUCAUGAUGCUGAGAAGGCUUGUAAAGAUCAAGAUGGAAUUUUGGCCUCCUACGACCAGCUACAUGAAGCCUGGCUUGGCGGUCUAGAUUGGUGUAAUGCGGGUUGGUUACAAGAUGGUUCUGUCCAGUAUCCCAUCUCCAAACCUCGUGAUGAGUGUGGGAAAAAGGAUAACCCAACAGGAGUAAGAAACUAUGGCUACCGACAUAAGGAUGAUGAGCGCUAUGAUGCCUUCUGCUUUACAUCCAAUCUGAACGGUAGGUCUGGAGAUAUGCAGAUGAGUAGUUAUCUCCUCUUCACAUAACUAAACAAUCAUGAAAUGAUGGGCUGUCACUGCUUUCUGGAAUGUGAACUCCCUGCCUCCCAUACCUCAAAGACUUCACAACUGCUGCACACCCGUGGAGUCAGCUUACUGUGGUCCUAGAAGUAGGACAUUUUUAAAAAUAUAAUGUAGGGACUUAAUUAGACCUUUUUAUUUGUAGUGUUUAGUGUUCCUUUAAUUGAUGCAUCAAGGACGGGCCAAUAGGUUAGAUAAGGGUACUCUGACAAAUGUUUGGUUAGUUCGCUUUUAAAGGGAUGUUAUUAUUUGCUGAAUGUUUUAUUAAUGGUACUUGGAUGGAAUGAGGCUGAGAAAACAAAGAGUAAGUUUCAGAGGCUUAACUGGUGGAUUAUAUGGUAAAGGGAUAUUAAAACUCUUUUGUCUUUACUCGUGUUGCCUGUUUCAAUUUCUAUGACAGCACUAUGUGGAUGUCACAUUUUAAUUGCCUUUUCUAUUGUUUAAGAAACAUUUUAUGGCACAGACAGAGACUACACUGGUAUUCAGUAGAAGAUAGGUCAGAACCUUACAGUCUAUGGUACAAGCAGAUAGUUAUCAGCAAUUUAUAAAUUUUUAAAAACAAUAAAACAGUCAUCCCUAAACAUGGUUCAAUGAAAAUAAGCAACAAAUACAAAGGUGAGAAGAAAAAAAUUAAAACACAAAUAAGAUAUGUGUUCAUUUUAAUUUUUACAUUUCAUUACUGCAAAUUUAGUUGAAGGCAUGAAACAAACAAAAAUAUAAAACUGAUACCAAUAUUAAUGUGAUUAGUCAUUCUCUUGGAAUACCACCAUAGAGUGGGGAAAAUCCCACUUUAAAAUCUCCAAAAAGGAAAGCCAUCAAAUAGUAGCGUUCACUCCAAAAUUCCAAAAACAACAACAAAAUGACACAGCAAACUAUGAGAACCCAGAACCACACUAGAAAAAGAGUCGCUUACGCAUAGACCAAAUUACAUGUAGACCAUUUUGUGUUUAUUUUUGUAAGUUUGGCAAAAUGCUAUUUGAGAAUUUGCCUCACUUCUACUCUUCUAGAGGUUCUUGUGAAUAAGUUAGAAUUUUCUCUUCUGCUCUACAUGUGUAUGUAUAUAUUCACGAAAGGCUUUACACUUUCCCCUUACGUAAUAAAGUAAACUUUGCCUUGGUGCAACCCAAGUUGAGACUAUAGAAAUAAAGAGCAGGGUGCACUCAAAGAUCUUCAUUCCAACAAACUGUAUUUAAUUCAAUGUGCACAAAUUACAUGCAUACUCGAUAGACAUUUUGACCCAUUUGGGCCUUUUAAUUUUUGCCUACUGGAACCUUUGAUUUCUCAUGAUUAGUAAUUGACAGAUUUAUUUUUAUGGGUAUUAUUAAGGAGCUAAUAUGCUCAGCUAGUUCAUAAAUCUUAUAUACAUACUUUUUUUUUUUUUUAGGUAAAGUCUACUUUCUGAAGACAUAUCGUAAAAUGAGUUUUCCAGAGGCAGCCAAAGCUUGUGAAGAUAAAGGAGACACUUUAGCUAAAGUGGGACAACUGUAUGCUGCUUGGAAACUGCAACUCAUGGACAGAUGUGAAGCUGGGUGGGUUGGUGAUGGUAGCGUACGCUACCCCAUAGUAAAUCCAAGGAUGAAAUGUGGAGGUCUUGAACCUGGAGUGAGGAAUCUUGGAUUUCCCAGUAAAAAAUACAGACUUUUUGGAGUCUAUUGUUAUAGGCAGGAGGGAAACAUAAAUCCACAAGAGAAAAUUGCAGAAGUGAUCAACAAGUGGAAGUCCAACCAUGUGUAGAGAGCAUGAUGGUAUGGAGUAAUACAAUGAAGUUCAUAAGUAUCUGGACAGUGAUGAAUGCUUUGGCUUUGUACUCCAACACAUUCGAUUUGGAAUGAAUCAAUGAGCACAAGUUUAAUUUUUAAUUUGAGGAUAUUUAUAUCAACAUACCAAGUUUGUGACAUAAUGUAAAAAGGUAUUAAACUUUUAUAGAUUAACUUGAAGUUAUGUAGCAGGGUAACAACAAGACAAAUGUGAACUUUCAAAUAUGGAAAUCGAGAGGGAAUAGAAAAAAAAGAGAGAAAUGGGGGAGUAGUGAACAAUUGGCAAAACACAAGAAUCAUACACUCAAAGGUAUAUGUAAUGUAAAGGAGCAAAUAUGAGAUUGCAUGCUUACCAAUGCUCCUUAUGGAUGCCAAGCUGGUGGUCUGCACACAUUAGAAGAACUGCCGGUAAUGAAAGAAAUAUUACUGUCUAGCUAGCAGAAUCCGGACUCAUUGCACCCUUACCAGCAUUCAAAGGCAGGCACAUGGAACUGCAUCACAGUGGAGGAGCCAAAGCAUAAAGCAGUUCGAACUCAACCAUCCUUACUCACAGGAUUAUACACUAAAGUGAGAAUUUAAAGUGAAUUUCAGAUUUAAGGUCACAAUAGCCGAACUGAAGAAAUUCUGUACCUCAGCUAUGCUUUCACUUAGACUACUCUGGCCUUAUGUGUGAAAUUCACCUUAAACUCUCACUCUAGUAAAUAACCAUGUGAGUCCUGUAAGUAAGGACUGUUGAGUUUCUUUUUUCCAAGGAAUGCAAGCCAGGUGAUAGGAUUGUUGUAUGUCUUGCAAUGUCAGAUCUAACCUCAUGUCUACAAUGUUAUCCUAAGUUGAUUCUGCAGUAUGCUUGGAGUAAAUGCUUUUAAUACAUUUUGGACUCUCUGCAGAUAACAUGUCUAUGUGGACUUCACGAUUCACUUUGCUGUAGGCCACAUCAUGAAUAAAGGCCAAAGAGUCAG